UAGACAUCCUCUGUUCCUGCUUUAUUUGAAGAGAUUCGCUGCCUUCUGACACCUAAACUGCUGACACGGCUACAACUAUCGAGGAAUCACUGCUAUUGUCUGUGUAAUUUCAACAGACUGCCAUAAGGUGUCUCACAUUGAUGUACCUCUUCUGAUAAUAAAACUAGAUGGCAUACUCUACACAAACACUGGCUGCAGGAUGCUUUGGGAAAAUAUAUAAGGAGAAGUAUGGAGAUGCAUGGGCUGCUUUGAAGAGAGUCCCUCAAGGCAACAUCAGCAGACAACAGCUGGAAAGAGAAUGCAGUGUAUAUCACAAUGUUCGGCAUCCUAACGUGGUGAAACUUCUUGGAGAUCCGUGGCUAAAGGACUCCAAGUGGCACAUUCCUUUGGAAUUCAUCUUUGGCGAAGACCUUGAGACCACCAUCUUUAAAUCACAACUUUCUAAAAUACAGCUGACUUCAGCAGUGAAAGCCACAAUUAUCACUGGCAUGUGUGAAGGUUUGCUCCAUCUCCAUAUUAAAGACGUCGUCCACCAAGACCUCAAACCUGAUAACAUCAUGGUUGAGCAUAAAACCCAUCGUGCUGUGAUCAUUGAUUUGGGGCUGGCAAAAUUCUCCAGAAAUGGAUUAUCCUCUGCAGCAAACAUGGGAAAUGAGGCUUACUCAGCUCCAGAGAUCCUGCAGAUGGAAGGAGUUCGUGACAAGCGUUCAGACGUUUGGGCAAUGGGGAAAAUCAUAGCUGAACUCUGUGCCAGGGUCAGGUUACCAACCCAAUCUGUAUCGGCCAUCAAAAUUCGAGAAACUCUAAAAGACCAGCCAUACUGUAGUCCUGUGUGCAAGAUGGUUGAGGUCAAUGUAAACUACAGAUCUACUAUGGCUGCAGUCAUCUCAGACAUUAGGAGAGCUGGUUCACUUUCACAAGGGGACGUGAGGCCAAGAGACAACACAGUGACACAUACAAAUGAAAUAAGAGGAAAUCAAAAGUGGUGUCCACAAGUGCCCGCUCUUCCAAAGAUGGAGGUAAAGAAACCUCAGAUGGUAAAUUAUCGGCAGGAUCCACCUCGUCAGAGAGAGGCGGUGAAGGCUGUAGUCCCAUUAAAACGUGACGCCUUGAGCAAUCACAUGUCCCUGAUGUCAUUUCCAUGCCCCCUUCCAGAGUCCGGAAAAGUGACUCAGGAACGCUACAAUGAGGAGAAAGGAGCUCUAGAAUAUAAAGAGAUCAUAACAAAGGAUGGAAGAAUUAUUAAGUAUGAGAAAGUGGAAAUAACCAAAAAUUCUUAAAGAUGAGAGAGAAUAUACUUUGCCUUCUGACAAUAAAUAUAUAAACAAUUUGCUUAUUGCAAGAUCUCAAAAAUGUUAAAAUAGGUACAGGUUCUUUUUGGCGUACAGCAUAAUUUAUUCUGUCCUGUGCAGGAUAAAUGAUAAAUUAUUACUCUGCAGAUUAAUUUGUUCUACCAUAAAUUGUCAAUAUUCUGUACUUUUACUUUGGUGCUAUAUGGCUGGUAACAAUAUCAAACAGCAUCAAUCAUUGUUUUUAUUUGAGUAUUUUGGCAUUGCUGAUAUGCUACGUAUGUCUAUUAAACAAUAAUUUAGUCUCUUUUGCCAUUCAUGUAAUAUAUCAUUCAAUAAAAUAAAAGUCAGUAACAUGUCAAGAUUUAUAAUUAGAA